AUGGAUGGGCGCAUCCUGUGGGGCUUCUGGAUCUCGGCAGCCGCAGUGUGCUGCGUGGGCGGCACCCGCGCACUGGAGCUCGGCAACUCUUCGCCGCGCCUGUCGGGGAUCACCGCGCAGAGCCCGGCUGCCUCGUCCUGGACGAGCGCGGCUCCCAUGGCAGCCGAGGUGGAGGAAAGGUUAGGGAGUCCCAACGCUUCUCGCCCGGGAUCGCCUGGCGUGGCUGGCCGAGCGCCUCCCCCCGUUUACCCGACGUGCCACAUCCAGACGGGGAUCAAGAAUACUUUCAAAUACGUUAACACGGUGAUCGCUUGCCUGGUCUUCGUGCUGGGCAUCAUCGGCAACUCCACCUUGCUCCGAAUCAUCUACAAGAACAAAUGCAUGAGGAACGGCCCUAACCUCCUCAUCGCCAGCCUGGCCCUGGGGGAUCUGCUGCUCAUCCUGAUCGACAUUCCCAUCAACUUGUACAAGUGUCCCACUGUUGAAGGACCAAGCUCACCUGCUCGUCAGCAGCACACCCAAAAACUUGAUAUGACUAAUCACCUGCACAAUUGGCUGUGCCUGCCUUUUCUGUAUCGAGCUGUGGCUUCAUGGAGCCGUAUCAAAGGAAUUGGGGUACCAAAAUGGACAGCAAUUGAAAUUAUUUUGAUCUGGGUUCUGUCCCUUGUUUUAGCUAUUCCUGAAGCUAUAGGCUUUGAUAUUGUUACUAUUCCAUACAAAGGGCAGAUGUUGUCUACCUGUUUACUCAAUCCCUACCAAGAAUCAUCUUUUAUGAAGUUUUACCAGGCAUCUAAAGACUGGUGGAUUUUUAGCUUUUAUUUCUGUUUGCCACUGUUAAUCACUGCUCUUUUCUAUACUCUGAUGACCUGCGAGAUGUUAAGAAAGAAGAAUGGAAUGCAGAUUGCAUUAAAUGACCAUCUGAAACAGAGACGUGAAGUAGCCAAAACAGUGUUCUGCUUAGUGAUUGUUUUCGCCUUGUGCUGGCUGCCUCUUUAUCUCAGUAGCAUAUUGAAGUUUGCUCUCUAUGAUCCCCGCAGCCCAAACAGGUGUGAUCUUUUGAGUUUUUUGCUGGUGAUGAACUACAUUGGAAUUAAUAUGGCAUCUUUGAAUUCCUGCAUCAACCCAAUUGCUCUCUAUUUGGUGAGCAAAAGAUUCAAAAACUGCUUUAAGUCAUGCCUUUGUUGCUGGUGUCAUUCCAAAGACAUUCUAUCUCUGGAGGAAAAACAGUCCUGCUUAAAGUUCAGAGCAAAUGACCACGGAUAUGACAAUUUCCGCUCCAGUAACAAGUACAGCUCAUCUUAA